AUGUCAGCUGGAAUGACUCUACCUCCUUUGAAUGAGAAAUUCUCAAAUACUCCUGAUCCAGAGGGAGCAGUAGCAUCUGCUGCAGUCCCAUCCUCUUCUCAGACUCCAUCUACAACUACUUCAGAAACCUCGAAUACCACAACAGUCACUAACAGUCGUUAUGCCAACGGAAACGGUAAUUCCUCAGGUACAUCCCAACGUUCCUCUUCCUCUCGUGCGGCUAGCGACUCUUUUGCAACUCGUUCUUCGUCCUCAAAUGCCACAGUUCCUUCCUCAGUCCCUUCACACAUCGCCACUAAUGAUCAACCCCAGAUUGGAAAGUACAAGUUCAUUCGAACCAUCGGGAAGGGCAACUUUGCCAAGGUAAAAUUGGCCUGUCAUGUGAUUACAGGCAAGGAGGUGGCCAUUAAGAUUAUCGAUAAGACCCAGCUCUCCCCCUCAAGUCGACAGAAACUCUUUCGUGAAGUGCGAAUCAUGAAGAUGCUCGAUCAUCCUAAUAUAGUCAAACUUUUUGAGAUUAUUGCCAAUGACAAAGUACUCUAUCUUGUUAUGGAAUAUGCUAGUGGAGGGGAGGUAUUCGACUUCCUCGUGACCCAUGGGAAAAUGGCAGAGCGUGAAGCCCGGGCCAAAUUUCGUCAGAUUGUCUCUGCUGUGCAAUACUGCCAUCAGAAGAAGGUUGUUCAUCGUGACCUCAAAGCUGAGAACCUUCUUCUCGACGCUCAAAUGAAUGUAAAAAUAGCGGAUUUCGGAUUUUCCAACGAAUUCAGUUCAGACAAGAAAUUGGACACAUUUUGUGGCAGUCCGCCCUAUGCUGCUCCCGAAUUAUUUGAAGCAAGUUUGCCAGGUCGCAAGUACGAUGGUCCUGAAGUAGAUGUCUGGUCUUUGGGAGUAAUCCUCUAUACCCUCGUAUCUGGGGCCCUACCUUUCGACGGUCAGAAUCUCCGAGAGCUCCGUGAACGGGUUCUCACUGGAAAGUACCGAGUUCCUUUCUACAUGUCCACUGACUGCGAGGCCCUUCUGCGCAAAAUGCUUCAUCUCAACCCCGCCAAACGUCACACUCUUGAGUCUGUGAUGAAGGACAAGUGGAUAAACACGGGCUAUGAGGACUGUCCCCUAACUCCCUACGUUGAACCCGAGCCCGAUCUCAAUGAUCCAGUUCGAAUUGAAAUCAUGGUGAAUAUGGGCUUCAAUCGAGCUGACAUUAUCCGUUCUCUCCAGUUUGGUAGUUUUGACGCUGUGGCGGCCACUUACUUCCUCCUCGGACACUCCCCACCUACAAAUCUCGAUUCCGACUCAACUCGAGGCUCUGAUCUCUCACUCCGUCACGAUAUUUGA